AAUCCCUCCCAUUUUUAUUGGCCAAAAAAUAAUUCAUAAAACAUUAUAAAUUUGUGUCCCCAAAUCUGAAAGACACGUUAUUAUCUUUCUCUAAUGAACACAGUCGAAGGAUGCACUUUUCUAUGAAGAACAGAUCAAAGAGCUGAAGCUAAAGUGUGAAGAACUAAUCAAAGAGCUGAUGAUAAGUCUCUUUGUCAAAGAUGGGCUGAAGCUAUGUCUCUUCGUCAUGCUGUUCUCUCAGAUUUCUCGCUGAAGUGUUUCUCUUUGAAGAACACGAUUUUUGUCAUAGUUCUUGAUGAAAACACAAUUUUUUUGGUGUAGGUUUUAUCAGGCUGUAAAGAAGUUUGCAAGUGACUUGAUAAAGGAGCAUGAUGCCUCUGCUCAUCCCUCAGUUGAAAACGCCAUUGAGGGUAGUCAAGCAAAGAAGCAAGACACAAAGGUUUCAAGCAGCGAGCAAAGUUCAGAAAAUCAUAAAUGUAGUUUGCCUCUAGCUAUAGCUUCUACAGUUAAUUAACAAUAUCAAGAAGAUUCACGAUAAAGAGAAUGAAACAAAAUAAGCUACAUAAAAGAAAAGUGGAAAAAAAUAAUUUACCUGCUGUAUUUGAAUGAGGCACAGAAAAGAGAAGCAGAUUAAUGAACAAUGAGAUUUUGCUGGAGACAUUUAUAUGGAUCAUUCAAGAAUCUGAAAAGGUUUUGGAUCAACUGAUAAUAAAAGCAAUAAGUUUAGCGUGGGAAAGAGGGCUGCUUCAAGGGACGCUGAACAGAAACGCUGGUACACUGAUUGAGGGACGCUGAACAGACAUUUUUUGAGAAUUAAAUUAGUGUUCUGAUCAUCAGCAAUUUUUUAAAUUAAUUAAUAUUUAAAUAACAUUGUAGGGACAAAAAGAUUGUGCAUUACGCACUGUGUAUCAACUUCAAAUUUGCUUUCUGUACAGACAUGAUAUACGUUCAGGUAUAUGUUUAAUGGUCUGAAAUCCAUCUGAAAAUGACACUUUGGAAAACCACAGCCCUCAAAGCUCGGGUAUGAAGGGUCUGCUCCUCUAUCCUUCUCCACUUAAAAAUACUAAACUUAGUUCAUUUGGUGCAGGUUAGAAUGUGUGACAUUAGAUUAGCAAUCUGUUGUCUUUAAAAAUGAUAAGGACUACCUGAUACUGUUACACAUAGCACACGGUUUUGUACAGAAUAUAUUUACCUCGAUUCUUGUGUGAUUACACUGGGUAUGUUGUUGUUUACAAUGUUACGCUGAGCGCUAACUUCUUCUCAUUGUUAACAUACAGAAGAUAUUUUCGGUUUUAGAAUUUGUGAAUAGUUUAUUGAGAACUCUGUCUAAUUUGUUUUCUCACACUUCCAGUGAUGGAGAACAUUUCGUGAUCAAGAAAAUACAUGUGUUUUCCACGGUGGAUGGCUUUGUAGAGAUAACUGAGUCGUUGAUGGACAUGAUAAAGUUCAUUUCAAACGACCCCUCAGUGGGGCUUUUCUAUGUUCAACAGCAUACCCACACUGCAGUGCCCAACCUCAUCAAUCUCACUAGCAAAAUUGAUGGAAAAUCUCGUCAAGCGACUUUGGACACAGCAGAUUCAAAGGAUUCUAUCGUCAUGGUCAGGUCAAUGAAAGAGAGUGGAUUCUCAAUUGCUAACGAAAUGAUGAAUACUCUCAGACAUUCUCUAGCUGUUGUGUCUGAGACGAAGCUCAGAAAUGGAUCUUUAAGAAGACCAUGUUCAAGUUACCGUAUUAGGAAGAACUAUCCGUUGAAUCCUGCUACUUGGGGUCGAAAAACAGGUCCAGAACAAGAUGGUGAGGGCAAUGCUGAUUAUAUUUCACAUGUUUUCAAGUCAUCAAAAGAAAAAGCUAGUAGCUUCAAAUGGCCUCAUAUGGAUGCCUAGAAUCUAAACCAUCCAAGAAUGAUGAGCCAUCUGUGACCUGUUCUAAUGAUGACGCGACGUUACCAGCAGAUGACGGCUCUUGCAUCAGAGGUCAACAACGAUGAAAGGUUGCUGUUCUCAAGCCAAACUGAUGUUUGUUUUACAAGACGUAUGUGUGUAAGUAAGUGAAAACAUGAAAAACCAUCUCCCAUGAUCGAAUUUUGUCCCCAGAAGUAAGCUUGAUGUAGCUUUGAACUUGAAACAAUUCUUUUUGUUUGGACGCGAUUUUACAUAUACCACGUUUUGAUGGAUCUUUGUUCUA